AUGGAUCUGCAGGCUACCACUUCGUCAGUAUCCAAGGGCUGUUUUGUCUUUAAACCCAGUGGAAAAAAACGUAAAAGGAGUAUAGGUAAGUACAUCUGCCUUGCAAACAGCGAUGACCGUGAAAACGGCAAACAACGCUUUGCUAUCUGUCAGCGACUUUGGGGGAAGAUCAAAGGUGAUACAGAGGCAUUGCAAGACGAGCUGAAUAAAAAGAUAUUGGAUAGCCUGUUGGAGUUCAGCAGAAAAUGGGCCUCCAGUUUCCAGUGCAAGCCAGAUGACUGGGCGUCUCAUAUGAGGGCAAACGAAAUCCCUACUGCUGCAUUGGUGCUUGGGGUGAAUGUACCUGAUCAUGAUAUGACACUCCAGAGUUUGUCUGAUCUCCUGCAAAGCUCCGUGACUCCUUUUGUGGUGUCAGUGCAAGCCAAAGAGUGUGCAGCUCUGAAGCACCUGAUGCAAAGGGUUUUUGAGAGGCUUAUGGGGGUUGGAAUCACAGUUGAUGAAGAGGAUGAGGAGGAAUCCAGCCAUUGCAAUACAGCUGUCCACCAGAAGAGAGUGCACUGCUCCAUGAAUACUCUUUGCCAGUGGUACAAGUCUGUGACUAAGAAAUACUCUGCCGUGUCACCAGAUGAAAAGCGCAGUGUGUUGAAUAAAGAUGCGCUACCGAAUCCACCUGUUGUGGUGAUCUUUAAAGACCUGGAAGGUUUUAACCCUCGAGUCCUACAGGAUUUCAUCCUUAUCUGCAGCCGGUAUACUCAGGAACUUCCUCUGAUGUUCAUCUUUGGCAUCGCCACCUCUCCCAGCACCAUUCAGAACAUGCUGCCUCACUCUGUCUCCUCCCUCCUGUGCAUCCAGCUCUUUCAGUCCCUGUCCUGCACUCAGCACCUGGCCACAGUCAUUGACAAGCUGCUUUUGACUCAUCAUUUCCCCUUUAAACUGAGUGGGAAGGUACUGCAGGUGCUGGUCAGUAUCUUCCUGUACCAUGACUUCUCUGUGCGCAACUUUAUCAAAGGACUACAGCUGGCGCUGUUGGAACAUUUCCACUCCCAGGCUUUGAGCGUGCUGUGCUGUGAGAAGAAAGAGGCAUUGCUCAGUGCCCAGACACUUAGUCACCAGGAUGUGGAGAGGAUCCGGCAACUACCGUCCUUCAUGAGAUAUGUGGAGAGUCAGGAACCGCAGGAACAGGUGGAGCUGCUGACUAGUGAUGAGCGUGUGAAGGAAACAUGUGAGAAACUAUUGAAAAACCUUCGGAAAUACCACAAGAACUACUAUCCUGUCCUCAGGUGUCUUCACUCCCUCACAUCUGCUCUGCCAAAGUACCCUCUGGGGAAGCAGAUCAGGGAGCUGUACGUGUCUUGUUUGGAGAAGAAUGUGUGGGAGAGUAGUGAAUAUGGGUCUGCGAUGCAGCUCCUCAGGAUGCUGGCGAAAGAUGAGCUUGUUGCCGCUUUGCAGAAGUGCACUGAUGUACUGGAACAAUGCAAGGCAAAGAAAAUGAAGAGAGCGUCACAGCAGCUGAAAGAGUACAUUAGCAAGUUUGAGAAACUCGAUAGGCACUCUGCUGGGGAUAACACAGCAGAAGACUUUACCUCACCUGAGAAGAGUCUCCAGAAAAAAACGGAUCUUUUCCACCUUCAGAAAACUCUUCUUGAGAUGAAAGAAUCCAGAAGGACUAAGAAAAUGAGCCCUUUUGAGGUGCUUCGAAACGAGGUGCUUGACUUUAUCAGCUCUCUGGUUAGAACACACCUGGCUUUGCCUGAUGAGCAGCCCCUGCAUGAGGUGAGUUACUUCAGCUCCUCCGCUGUCCUGCGCCAUCACCUCAAUGCCACGCCUCGCAACUCCAUCCAGACUGCCCUCAGUCACCCUUACCGCUACCUCCAGAAUGAAGCUCUGAAGACAGAUGCGGGCACAGUGUCUAGUGCUGCUCCAGAUAUCUGCAUUGUUUACAAGCUCCAUCUGGAGUGUGGGAGACUGAUCAACCUGUACGACUGGCUAGAGGCAUAUUCCACUGUGGUGUCAGCUGCAGAGGGAAAGGAUCCUGAAUCUGCUGACUAUGGCAAAGUUGAUGAGCUCAAACAUGCCCGUUUCAUUCAGGCUGUGUCUGAGCUUGAGUUCCUUGGCUUUGUCAAAUCCACUAAACAGAAAACAGACCAUGUGGCAAGACUUACCUGGGGAGGUUGUUAA